CCCGUGUCACCGAACCAGCGCUGCCCGCGCCCGCCGCGACACCGCCCCGCCGGCGGCUCGCCGUUCCCGCGGGGCUGCAGCGCCUCGCUCGGGCUUUCACCCCUGAGUCAGCAAAGUCGCGCCCGGCCGGUUCUUUCGGCACCGCCCGCGGGGAAGCGUGUGAGGGUUGGGGAUGCGGCUCCUCGGCGGAGGCRCCGGGCGUGCGUGAGCCGCGCGGCUCUGCAGGGGCACGGCCGAGGCGUUUAACACAACACAGGGACGCGGUGUCCUCGCUCGCUGUGACAGCAGCCGCGAUGCCCGACGUGCGCGCCGGGCGCUGCCCCGCGCCGGCCCGGGGACAGCGCUGAGCCGGGCAGAGCCUCACGCCCAGCAGAAGCCCCCGUUUCCCGAGGAGCCCCUGUUCGCCUCACGGCCGAUGAGACACCCCCCGCGCCUCUGCGGCUCCCCGCCCUUCUGUUGAGUCUUCAAGCCCAGGAGGUUCAGCAACAUCUGAUGACCAUGAAUUUGACCCAUCAGCUGAUAUGCUGGUGCAUGACUUUGAUGAUGAACGGACAUUAGAAGAGGAGGAAAUGAUGGAAGGAGAAACAAACUUCAGAUCUGAAAUAGAGGAUCUUACCAGGGAGAGUGACAUGCCCAUCCAGGAGCUGCUGAGCCGUUAUGGCUACGAUGGCACUGUGCCACUGCAGGAGGAGGAGGAGGAGGAAGAGGAGGAGGAGGAAGAGGARGARGGAGARGAUGACGAUGAUGUCGAUAACGAUGACAACAGUGGCUGCAGUGGGGAAAACAAGGAGGAGACCAUAAAAGAUUCCUCAGGGCAGGAAGAUGAGACCCAAUCAUCCAACGAUGACCCAGCCCCAUCUGUUGCUUCCCAAGAUCCCCAGGAGAUCAUUCGCCCUCGGCGAUGUAAAUAUUUUGAUACAAAUAGUGAAAUAGAGGAGGAAUCUGAAGAAGAUGAAGAUUAUAUUCCCUCAGAAGACUGGAAAAAGGAAAUCAUGGUGGGCUCUAUGUUUCAAGCUGAAAUCCCAGCUGGCACCUGCAAAUACAAAGAGAAUGAAAAAGUGUAUGAAAACGAUGACCAGCUGCUCUGGAAUCCAGAUUUUUUACCAGAGGAUAAAGUGAUAGAAUUCCUGAACGAAGCCUCGAGGCGCACGGGAGAGGAGAAAGGCCUGGAUGCAAUUCCUGAGGGAUCCCAUAUUAAAGACAAUGAGCAGGCGUUGUAUGAACUGGUGAAGUGCAAUUUCGAUAUUGAGGAAUCCUUACGAAGGCUCAGAUUUAAUGUCAAAGCAGCCAGAGAAGAAUUAUCAGUUUGGACAGAAGAGGAAUGCAGGAACUUUGAACAAGGGCUGAAAGUCUAUGGCAAGGAUUUCCAUGUGAUUCAGGCCAACAAGGUGCGGACCCGCUCCGUGGGGGAAUGUGUGGCAUUUUAUUACAUGUGGAAAAAGUCRGAACGUUACGAUUUCUUCGCUCAGCAGACCCGUUUUGGGAAGAAAAAAUACAACCUGCACCCUGGGGUCACGGAUUACAUGGAUCGGCUCCUGGAUGAAAGUGAAAGUGCUGCUUCCAGCAGAGCUCCAUCCCCUCCUCCCACCACCUCCAACAGCAGCACCAGCCAGUCCGAGAGGGAGGACAGCACCACCAGCAGCAGCAACCAGAACGGUGUCUCUGCCAACGGCCCAGGGGAUGUUCCAGGAAAAGAGGAGACAAAACUCGAGGGAUUGCACGUCAACGGACCUUCCAGCGGGAAAAAAACACCCCACACGGAGCUGGAUACAAAUGGGUAUGAACCUGAAAACCUUUCCAUUGACCCCAAAGUCACUCAUUCAGCUUCAAGGAACGAGCCUGAGCUGGAAGAAAAGAGUGAGAGACCUCUGAAAAGAAGAAGAAUUAACAGCAAUGGGAAGGAGAGCCCGGGAGCUUCGGAGUUCUUCCAGGAAGCAAAUUCCCAUGGGAAGCUGGAGGAACUGGAAACUUUGGAUGACUGAGUGCUGGGAGCUGAUUUUAUUCCUUGGAGUAAAUUUUGGGUGUCUAAAAUUUUCAGGGUUGAUGGGUUACCUUACAAAAUCCAGUUCCAAAAACAAGCUGAGAUUUUUUUUUUUUUUUUUGUUUCCUGAGACGUUCUGGUUGGCUCCAAAGAUGUGAUGAUUUGGUGGUUUUUAGUGCUGGAAAGCAGCGGGAGAAUAUUGAAUUUCUCAGAGUCGGCAGCUGCAGUUCUGGGAUAAAAAGCUCUUUAAAUAUUUGAGGAACAAAGCAGUGAGUUGCUGCAAAAAUACUCCCAGCCUAAUACAUUAAAGAAUGUGUUAAUACAGCAUUUAAUGUAGAAUACAGCAUUUAAUCAGUGUGCAAAGUGAACAAAGCAUUUGGGGCUUUGCAAGAAAUGCAAGUAAAACAGGGAAAGCCAAGGCAGAGCAGGCACAGAGACUCCCACUCCUGCUGGAGAGAGGAAAAUGUCAUCCCAUCCUUAAGGAACCCUCAUGAAUCCUGAAAGUUAUGAGCACAACUAUUUUUAUAUAUAGAAGUUUUAAAAGGUAAAUAAAUAAACCAGGUCAGGUUUGUCUAUGUAAAAUUGUUGACAUCAAUGAUGUCUUUCCAUAUUCUUUAUCUGGGCUAAAGAAAUACAUUCUGUAUUUUUCCAGAUUUCUUUGUAGCCUUUGAAAGAUUUUUACAGUACUUAUGUCUUGAUUGAACUGUCCUUUCUUAAAACAAAAGCUUGUAUAAUUUUCUUACCUUGUACAGUUGGUAAACUUUUAUGAGAGAGUUGAUACCCUGAGUCUAAUGUCAGCUUCCUUUUAUUUUGCUGAAGUCUUUUCUAAAAAAAAAAAACCCGACAAAAAAACCCCCAGACCAAACCGAUGGAGUUAAAAAUUAAUCAGCAACAUGUUAAUUUUCUUCCCAGAAACUGGUAAAUAAUUAACAUAAGAAUGGUUAGGAGGCAUUUGAUUUUGGCAACGUGGGGUUUUUUUCUUGGUUUAUGGUAAAUAAUGAUGUUUAAAUUUUUGUUAAGCAUGCUGCUUGCAUUGCACACAUCUCCUUGCUUUCUUUCUCCCUUUCCUCCCUUGCAUUUGGAACUCGGGAGAAAUUUCCCAGCAGCCAAAUUCUCGAGUUUACUGAACCUUCCUCAAGUUGAGCUGUUCAAUUAUUUUCAGUCUGUCACCUGCCACGUUUCAGGGAGCACAGCAAGGGCUGGAGUGGAGCUGGACUGGUUGGAAAUGCAGCUGCAAACUGGUGCUGGACUGGAAUUCCUGAGGAGCACAGGGAUGGUUCCAGUGGGAGCAGCACACACAGGUCAGAGGUUGGACUUGAUGAUCUCAAAGGUCWUUCCCAACCUGGUAAAUCCUGGGAUUCUCUGGUGGUGCAUGGAGACACACUCACCUGGACAAGGGAGAGUAGGAAUUUCACAUUAAGCUAUAAAGAAUUAAUUUCAGGGUGAAAACCAAAAAUUCCUUAUUUCUAAGGGUGGAGGGGGUGAUGCUCACCCUGCCAGCAGCACCACUGAAAAGUUGGGGAUGUUGGAUUCACAUCCAUCAAUCGGGAACGUUUUUAAUCCAAAUUUCAUUUUGGUUUUGUUUGGUUGGUUUUUAAAGCCCAGCUCCACUUCUUCUCUGUUAAAAUUUGGGAAAAUUGUUGAUGUGGAUCAUUGAUAACCUGGUGUCCUCCUCCUUAUAGGUGUGCUGUUAAUCGGUUAUUUUAUCUUAAACUUUAUGGUUUGUACGGUUCCAGUAGAAAUGAAUGGUUUGAAAUGGAUGUUUCAGCCCAAACCAGAAUCCAAUUUAUCCUAUUUAUCCUAUUUUCGGUUUCAUUUUGAUGCUCUUUGGUUUYGGUUGCAAGCUGGAAUUACUUCCCAGAAAUCCAUAGGAAAGUUUCCAAGUGAAUUGUCUCAGGCUCGUGGCUGAAAUCCAGCACUGUGUAUAUUUUCAAGACUGUUGCUUUGUUUUUUCUUUCCUUUUUGGUUUUAUUUUUUUUUUUUGUGAUAUGUAGAAAAGACCUGACAUUCCAUAACCCACUAUGUAAUGCUCAGCUAGACUUUAAGAAUAUUUAAUUUGAAUUUACCUUUUGUUUAUGCUGGUGUUUUAUACAAUACUUUGUUCAUGGUUCAGACUGCAGCCACUAUAACUCRAUAAGUCAUUGCACUACUAAAGCUAUUUAAAAUCCUGGAAAUCUGCUAACUUUGCUUUCCUUUUCCAARCCUUCAGUACACGUUGGAAUCCAAUCCAACUGAAGAAAUCCUUGGGCUUCCCAAAGGGUUCAAUGUGAUAUAAAAUAUCCUCCACACACAAACCCUCCAGAUUAGUUUGAUACAUUUGUUCCACUCGGUAUUUUGCACUGUUAGUAAUCCCCUCCUCUUAUCCCCCUUCCCUGUCUGCAAUUCUGGAAAAGCUUAUUAAAAUAUUUUUAAACUUAU